GCGUUGGAGUUUACAUUGAGUUCUGUGCCGAUGAUACCAGCAACGCCAAACAGGGCAUCGCCCUCUGCAGGGUUGACAACCUUGAAGAGAAGAGCGUGCAGGGACAGUGGUGUGAGGUUUCGCUUUUGGCGGCCUCAGAUGAACACCUGUUGUGGUGGCUGGAUCAUGGAGCAGGCCGAGAUGACAAUUGGCAGUGCCAACUCCAUGUGUGCAAAGGUAGCGACAAGUUCUGGCACAUCCCUUCAGGCGACCUGGCUGACAAGAAGAUCGAAUGGAUCAAAGAGGGGAAGUGCCGAAAGUACGUGGAAGAGGAAGUAGCCCGACUGGACCCAGCUCUUUGUGGGCUUCGCAACUUGGAAAGGGAGCUAGCCCUACCCAAAAAGGGUCAAAGGAAACUCGCCCAAGAUGGCCGCCACGAGGGAGAAGCAGGACCCCCUAAGAGGGAGAGCCAGAAAGAUCGCGUCGCCAAGAAGAAGAAAAGGCAAAAGGAAGACCCCGGCCACGGCCGAGCAAGGUCUGCACCAUCGGCAGGUGGCAGCAGGGGAAGAUGGUUCGGCGAGCCGGUCGACGAUGACCCGAAAGACCGCUCCUUGACAGACACCUCCUGCAUGGGCUCCUCCUCCAACUCCUCUGGUCAGAAAAGAAAAAGAAGUCCAAGGCCAACGGUGCCAAGGACAGGGCCCUUUGGAUCCAGCACGCAGAUCGACUACGGUCGGGCCUUUGAAGUGUCAAGCGGCUCCUUUCCCACUCGACGGCAGCAGACACCCUGGCCUAGAGAUUCGAACAGUCGCAAAGCCACACCUCGCGGAACAGGGCUCAGUACCUCGAACUCUUUCCCCGAAGGCCUCGCUCUGCCGCCGGAGAGGGACGAGGCAGUCGAAACAGUGGGCCGGAGAACUUCGGAUGCGGAAACUCCAAAGCGGCAAAGGCCGGGCAUCCAAAG